CGGAUUGGGCCACAUGGGGACGGAGUGGGUGCGCCCGGCCAAUAGCGGCGCGAGGGCGGCCAGUGGGCGGGACCUCGCCCGGCGCCGUCAAGUAGCCCCGGGAACGGCCGGCUCCGCCGAGCGCUGGGCGGCCGGUUCCCGCUGGACUUGGACGCUCCCGCGGCCGCGUCCUGCGCAGCGCUGCCCGACUCGGCCCGCCAUGCGCCCCCGCCGGCCCCGGCCCCCGGCCCCGGCCGCGCUGGGGCUGCUGCUGCUGCUGCUGCUGCCGCCGCCGCCCGGUGCGGCCGCCAAGAAGGCGACGCCCUGCAAGCGCUGCCGGGAGCUGGUGGACAAGUUCAACCAGGGAAUGGCGGACACCGCGAAGAAGAACUUUGGUGGCGGGAACACAGCUUGGGAGGAAAAGACGCUGUCCAAGUACGAGUUCAGUGAGGUCCGCCUGCUGGAGAUCACAGAGGGCCUGUGCGCCAGCAGUGACUUCGAGUGCCACAGCCUGCUGGAGGAGCACGAGGACCACCUGGAGGCCUGGUGGCUGCAGCUGAAGAAGGAGUAUCCCGAUUUAUUUGAGUGGUUUUGCGUGAAAACGCUGAAAGUUUGCUGCUCCCCAGGAACAUAUGGGCCACACUGCCUUGCGUGCCAGGGUGGCUCCGAGAGGCCGUGCAGUGGGAACGGGCGGUGCAGUGGGGACGGCAGCCGGCAGGGGAACGGGUCCUGCCAGUGCCACACUGGCUACCAGGGGCCCACGUGCACCGACUGCAUGGAUGGCUACUUCAGCUCGCUGAGGAACGAGACACAUAGCAUCUGCACAGCCUGUGACGAGUCAUGUAAGGAGUGCACGGGCCCAACCAACAGGGACUGCAGCCAGUGUGCCGUGGGCUGGGUGCAGGAGGACGCAGCCUGCGUGGAUGUGGACGAGUGUGCAGCAGACACACCGCCCUGCGGCGACCAGCAGUACUGCGAGAACACCAACGGCUCAUUCGUGUGCAAAGAAUGUGAUGCUACGUGUGUGGGCUGCACGGGGAAGGGUCCCGGGAGCUGUAAAGAGUGCAUCCCCGGCUACAGCAGGGAAGGUGACCAGUGCACAGACGUGGACGAGUGCGCGGGCGUGGAGAGUGUGUGCAUGCGCCACAACGAGAACUGCUACAACACUCCCGGGAGCUACGUGUGCGUGUGUCCCGAUGGCUUCGAAGAGACGGAGGACGCAUGUGUGCCCACGCAGACCCCGGGCAUCGAGCUCACGGCAGGCCCCACGCAGCCGCUGCCCCCGCUGCCCCCGCGGGAGGACUUGUGACGCACGUCCAGAACCUGAGCCAGGCCCCCCCUUAAAUUAUUCACUGAGCCCGGAGCGCUCCUCACUCCUGCCCCGGGGCUGCGGACCGGCAGCUGCCGCCUUGGGAGUCGCUCGUGCCUGGUUGGCCUUUAGAAAAGCUGCAAUUCUCGGUUGUUCUUAAACAGAUUUGUAUAUUUUGAUACUAUUGUUUAUAAUAAAAUUGACCGUUGAGGGUAGACAGCCACAGAACACGCA